AGGAGAGGCGAGAGAGGAGAGGGAUCCGGUCGGAAGGUUCCGAGAGAUGGGAGUCCCGGCGUUCUACAGGUGGCUGGCGGACCGGUACCCACAGACGAUGUCGGACGCAGAGGAGGAGCCAGUGGAGCUCGAUCCCGGGGCCUUCGUCCCCGUCGACCCCCGCCGCCCCAACCCCAAUGGCCUCCAGGCCUCCUUCGUCGCGCUGGCCGAUCAGCUCUGUCGCCUCCACCUCGGGCAGAUGCAGCCCAUGCCCAUGGCGUGCCUCGCCUCCUCGGACGAGAAGCUCCGCCCCCUCCAUGUCGGGCAGACGCAGGCGCAGGUCGUGCCGGCUCCCCCGGUGCUGCCCACCUCCCCGGCCGAGAAGCACGCGGCGAUGCCGAAGAGCAUCUCCAUCAGCUCCAAAGGCUACCUGAAGCAUCGCGUGAUGAAGCCGGUGAACGUCGGCUCGCAGCAGCGCGUGUUCGUGGGCAUGGACGGCACGAAGGAGGAGGAGCACAAGAGCGGAAGCGAUGGCGGGGAGAAGGGCGGUCAGGUCGCCACAGCUCCCGGCGGGCUGAAGUUCCAGGUGGCAGGAUAUGUUCAGCAGUACGCCAGAGGAUUGACAUUUCUAUCAGUGAGAGGUGCCGGUCAUCUUGUUCCGUCCUUCCAGCCUGAGAGAGCGCUGCAUCUCGCCGUACAUGAAGGCUUGAACAUGAUUCCUAACUUCCUGAAACCGAGGUUAUCCAUAGCAGCCUUCCUCUGGGUGUUAGGCUCCACAUCGUCGUCGGCCGCUGCAGAUUAUGAAUUGACAGACCAUGAUUUAUGUGCUCAUAUAGCAAUAGAAACAUCUUCAGGAAAAGAAUUGUUGGUGACGACAAAUGGAAGUUCUGUCUUAGAAAAUCAAUUGAUGUGCCUCCUAGAUGAAAAGGGAUGGGUGAUCAUCAGUGCAUAUAUAUGUUGUUUAAAGGACCAAGUACAUGUUUAG